AAGCGAUGAUGUGUUGACCGCAAGAUCCAGCUUUUCUGAACUACUCUGCCAUCAUAGCAACAUCAUGAGGAGUAUCGAUAGGAACGCAGAACAUGUUCAUACAAUCCCUCCUAGGCUUGAAUCGAGCAACGACUUCCGGCAACGCACUCAUCAUUCACCAGUCUAGAGCCCUUGAAACUUCUAGUCAUAUGGCAGCAACUUUCUCGUUCCCGACACAGCGCGACCGCCGGGUCAUCAUCCCCGAAUCAUCCGCAUCUUACUCCCAAAGGCAUUUAGUCCGAUCUUGCUUCCUGGGGUUCUGCUCAUCAACGACGAUUAAGAUUGGUCGAACUAGCCCUGGGGUACUACGAGUUGGCAACACAACGUUAGGCGUUCUUGCCGCCCAAGCUGCCGCAUACCUAUGGGCGUUCUCGCCUUUUCGAAGCCGGCGUUUUUGGGUGGGACUACUGGAUCCGAAAUCAUCUCCCGCGGCGGGAGCUGGGACCCAUAUAUGUUCGCGAAGAACUUUCAAGAGUCCACCGCCAUCGUACGAUCAACGUAUCGGUCGCAGCAGCGAACAAUUGAAAUGCUGGGCCAUCAACCCAAGCCAUGAACUUGCUUUGCGUCGUCUUUGCGAAUGUGUUGCAAGCGCCGGGGACUACACACCAUCGAUGUCUCCGGUGGUCUAUAUUGAUACACCCCCGAGAACCCAGAGGCACCGCUCCAUCAUCAAAAGUGCCUCAAUUAGUCAACUAGGCUGA